AUGCGUCGAACAUUAGUCACUCUUUUAGCCGCCGUUCUUUCUCUCGUUUCCCUGGCCCCCAUGGCGUCGUUCGCCUACACCUGGGGGUUCCCGUAUGAAUCUCAGAAGAUCCGGGGCGUCAACCUGGGUGGCUGGCUUGUCACUGAGCCCUGGAUCACGCCUUCGCUUUUCGACAAUACCGGUGACCCACGUAUUAUCGACGAAUGGACUUUCGGUCUUUACCAGGAUAAGGACAAGGCGUACACCGCGCUCAAGCAGCACUGGGAAACUUGGAUCACUGAGAAAGAUUUCGAAGAUAUCGCUGCCGCUGGGCUGAAUCACGUCCGCCUCCCCAUCGGCUACUGGGCGUUCGAGGUCGCGCCGGAUGAGCCGUACAUCCAAGGUCAACUUGAAUACCUCGACCGAGCGAUUACUUGGGCCCAGAAAUAUAACUUGAAGGUCAUCAUUGACCUGCAUGGCGCGCCUGGCAGUCAGAAUGGCUUCGACAACUCUGGCCAGAAGAUGGACUACCCUACCUGGCAUACAAAGCAGAGCAACGUCGACAGGACCAAUGCUGUCAUCCAACGAAUUGCAGACUUGUACAAAGAUAGAACUGGAGUUGUCCCAGCUAUCGCACCUCUCAACGAGCCUGCUGGUUUCUUCGGAGCAGACGUUCUGAGUGUUACCCGCCAAUACUGGCUCGACAGCUACGGUAACAUUCGUUACCCUUACGGCAACGACGCGACGAGCAACACCGUCGUCAUCAUCCACGACGCUUUUGAGCCCACUGCAAACUGGAAGGACUUCAUGCCCUAUCCUCAGUACGAAGGUGUCAUCCUUGAUACCCAUAUCUACCAGGUCUUCAACAACGAUCAAGUUGCUUGGUCGGAAGAUCAGCACAUCCGCGGUAUCUGCGACCGUGCCAGCGCCAUGACGGAUUCCGGGAUGUGGACUGUCGUCGGCGAAUGGUCUCCAGCAAGGACCGAUUGCACCAAAUAUCUGAAUGGAAGAGGCAUUGGCAACCGCUAUGAGGGUACCUACCCUGGAUCGACCCGCGUCGGCAGCUGCGAAGGGCUUACCGGAGAUGCUUCCUCCUUCAGCGCAAGUUACAAGACGUUCUUGAGGAAGUUCUGGGAGGCACAGACUAUCACGUACGAGAAGGGUCAGGGUUGGAUCCAAUGGACGUGGAAGGCCGAGCAGGCAGACGACUGGUCUUACCAGGCCGGUCUAGAGAAUGGAUGGAUUCCUAAGAAUCCUACUGACCGACAAUACCCUAAUAUCUGCGAUUAG